AUCCAGACGAGGCGCCAAGCGACGCACGCGCGAGACGCGAAGAGUACCGUGAACGUAAAGACAUUCCUGCUGUGCCGCGCGCGGGCGAGCCGUGGGAGCGCGUUCGGGCGUGUGCCCGACGCGAUAUGUCGGCUCAUUGCCGCGAUCGCGGGCGGCUGCUUCGUGCCCGCCGACGGCUUUCGUGGCCGGCGCGAGGGCUGCGUGUUCAAACUCGGCGGACGGGGCUUGGGUUACUACCCGGACUUCGCUGCGCUGGAGCAAGCAGCGCGCGACCGGGAGCUCUCCUCGGAGGACCGCGUCCGGGCUAUCAAAAUCCAGUUGGAAGUCGACAGCGCAAGCCCGCCGGCGUCGGCCGAAGCUUGGGACGGACUCUUGUCUCGGCUUCAGGAGCUCGAUCGCCUUACUACCGAUGAUCCUGGUACGAAUGCUAUACUAGCAUCGGUCGGGGGUGAAGUUAUCGGCCUCCUCCUCGAUCUCCGAAACAGCCAAGGACGGCGUUUCCUCAGGCAAAUCCGAAUAGGCGUUUACUCAGGCAAAACUCGAGUUGAGUUAAUUCAGCCGACCCAGCCCAGCAAAGUCGAGACGGCCGUCGCCGAGCUAGCCCGGGACCUCGUGGCGAAGUAUAAACAGUGGCGC